AUGUCCCUCAGAUCGCUGGCGGAGCUGAUCCCUGAGUUCAAUUUCAAGAAAUGGAACAGAUGUGGAAUUGCACACCUGCACGACCUGCAAAACAAGGGAACACUGCUGCCAUUUCACGACCUUAGCACCAGAUACACUAUCACAAGUAUAGCACACUUCUCCUAUAGACAACUGAGGUCCUGGUGGCUCAUGCAUAUGAAGAUCCCAGCACCAGACCACCAAACACACUUCCUUACACACUUUGAGAAAUGCUUAAUUGAAGGAGCACCUGCCAAGGGGCCCAUUUCUGCCAUCUACACACUCCUGAACACUAACACAGAACUCUGCCAUCUCCCGUGGGCCAAAGCAUGGGAAACAGACAUAGGCUGCAAAUACCCGAAAACACCUGGCUCAAAGCCAUCAACAGCUACAAAGGCAGGUCAGCCUGCACAGCUCACAUGGAACUCAUGCACAAAAUUGCCUACAGGUGGUACAUGGUUCCCACACGCCUGGUUACGAUACUGCCAUCACAACCAAACACCUGUUGGCGAUGCCAUAGAGACACAGGAACAUUCCUACACAUCUGGUGGGGCUGUAACAUCAUACAGAGCUACUGGAAAGAGGUUCUUUCCCUCAUUCACUCACAUACAAACAUUGCAGUCCCCAACUCCCCAGCCUCCCUCUUACUGUUUAUAUACAAAGACCAAUACCCCCCAGCCGAUAAAUACUUGAUAUACCACAUCCAAAUCGCAGCCUUGACACACAUUGCCAGAAAUUGGCUUUCCACAUCCACAGCGACUAUGCAAGAACUGACUAAGUAUGUCUCAACAGUGGGGAGCUACGAAAUGCACACCGCCUCUAUAACAACACGCCAACCCUGGAAACGGGAGGUUUGA